CCUACAAAUAGUGUUUGCACAACCGUUAAGAUUAUACUAAUUUAGUGUUUAAGCUUGCAACUCGUUCAGCUAUCGGAACAAUGUUGGCCGAUGCGUAACUCAAGGUACAAGAUAAAUGAGCUACAUAUUUAUUAAAAGUGGUGUCGUCGACAGUGAGACCUGUGUUAUCGUAUCGGGCGAGAUGCGAGCGACUCGUAUGCGCCGACGCACUCUCAUAUCGCGCUUAAUUUUACAACCUGACAUUUACUGCUCAGGUUUUUGGAAACGACAGACAAAUAAACUCGGAUUAAACGUAUAGUCACCUUCGGGUUCCUGUGCUGUACAGUGCAGUGUGUGAUAUAAGCAGUGAGCCACAGAACUUUUACUGACUCUCACUUUCCUGGCGCCAAGCGAUCAUGAUCACGAGCACUGAAAACAUAAGCAGUGUCAACGAGCUCACCAGAUCAAACAUACGUCUGACGGGCGCUCCACCACGGACGACAUGGAAGGAGCAAUCCAAAAAAAUAAUAAAAUACGUGAAGAAUAUUUUCCGCGAGACUACGGUCGAACCAUGUUUGUUUAUUUACAUGUUGUGCACCGCGAUAUCUUCUCUAGCUGUCAUGAACAUGCACCUGGAUAAAGCCUGUAGGGUGAACUUCGAUUAUGGAUCUGAUAUCUGCGAUCGCAUCUCGAGAAGAAAUACGACUGGUUUAGAUGAGGAAGACAAGGAAAUUCAAUCACUCGUCGCUGCAGUGGUGGCCUGGAAGUUCCCUCUUCAGACAGCAAUACCUGCAGUAAUGGUGCUAUUUGUUGGAGCAUGGAGCGAUAAGUACAAAAAGCGAAAAAUAUGCAUUCUGUUCCCAUUUAUUGGGGAGAUUAUUUGUAAUAUAGGACUGUUGUUCGCUACGUACUUUUUUAAGGAAUUAUCACUGACAGCGACAGCUUUGAUCGAAGCGUUGCCCGCGGCGUUCACCGGCGGGUACAUUAUUAUAUUUAUGGGAAUGUUCAGUUUUAUGACCGACCGAACUACGAUAGAAAACAGGACUUUCCGUCUGGGGCUCGUGACGAUAUGUGUGACGGCGGGGACGCCGACCGGGACGGCUUUGAGUGGUAUAUUGUUGCGUUCACUGGGGUACUAUGGGGUGUUUUCCUUAUUGCUAGUGCUAUAUACCCUAUCGUUUUUAUAUGGCUUGUUCAGACUAGAAGAUGUAGUAAAUCCUGAAGAGACGAGGUACGUUGCUCCCGAAAAGAAGCAAGAAUGGAAUGUUUUGAAGGACGUGUUUCAACUUGUGGGGAACACUGUGAUGGUGGCUGUGAAACCUCGUGCGUUUGCUGGAAGGACUCAAAUAUUCUGUGUGUUACUAUUGUACCUGCUUAUGGUUGGACCUCUUUACGGCGACUCGCAAGUGGCAUAUCUUUACGUGAUUCGCAAAUUCGGUUUCACGGAGGUGGAAUACAGCGUUUAUGGUACAAUAAACAUCGUCUUAGGACUCUUUGGAACCGUCUUCUGUAUAUCAGUGCUCAGCAAAAGACUAAAAGUGCAGGACAGCGCUAUAGGUGUCCUCGCAGGAGUGAGCAGGAUAGCUAGCUGUUUCAUGUUUGCGUUUGCGCCGACGAGACCGUGGUACUACUCGGCUCCUCUGCUGAAUAUCUUCAGUCAUACAGGAUUGACGGCUGUGAGAUCUUUGAUCACGAAGAGUGUGCCCACUGAAGAAGUCGCCAAACUAAGCGCCCUCGUGGGAGUGAUGGAGGCCGUAGCCCCGUCGAUAUACAUGCCAGCAACGAGUCAUAUCUACAUGAUGACCAUCGACAGCUUUCCUGGCGCCUUCUACAUGUUCGAUGCCGCCUUAACUGUCGUCGCUUUAGGACUUUUUGGUUUUAUAUAUGUAUUGGUGAGGAGAAGAAUCCGAGCUACAGUCACGGAUCCAAGCAAGAAAGAGGAAUUUGCACGAUCUAAUGAAGUGUCUCGUUUUUAACUAUUGUAAUGCUAAUUUAGUUAGUUUGAAAUGAAUGAUCUGAAGACGAAAGAAUUUAUGUUUUAUUGUUUGUAAAAUUGCCAUAAGUUAGUAAAUAUAAGUAGAUUAGUUAAGGUUUAGCACUUAAUGUCUUCCGUGAUUUUAUAAUUCUUAAAAUAACUAUAUGUUUAGUUCUGAAUCUUUCGUGAGUUGCAUUUAAAGUGAACUUAUUUAGACUGAAAUGAGAGGUACCUAUGUACCAGAUGUCAUUAAUUUACCUUUAUGAAAACGUUUUUAUUUUGGUUUUCAAAAUGUAUUGUUCAAUUUUACCUGUUUAGCUGGCGGAAACUUAAAAAUAAUAAUAAUUCUAAAUAAUGUAAAAGUAAGUCCUUCUUGUGUCAAUGAGGGUUUUUGAAAUUUUUUCUGCCACCGGGUGGCGCCACGUAUGCGUCUGGUCCAAACAGCUGUCAAAUAGUAUGGAAUUGUAGGUGCCGAACUUAUUGUUUAUUGAAAUUCUGUUAUAUUGGAAGUCUUAUUGAUUUUAUUAUGGACUACGGUCAGAAUAAGGUUUCCGAACUAAAAAUUGAGCUAAGAGAGAAGGUGCAAAAGUCACUGGUACUAAGGAAAAGCUUGUUGAAAAAUUUGUUAACACAAUAUGAUUUAGUUUUUUUUAUUUACUCAACCGCAAUAGUAAAACAAUAAUGCAGUGCUUUAAUUAUAAAAUAAAAAAAAAAAACACUAAAAUCGUUCACUAUUCAUAGUAAAGAUAAGCACUUUGACAGUUAUUGGACCUGACGACUCGGUGCUGCCACCUCGUGGAUUGCCAUUUUAGAAAACCCUCAUUGUGCAAUGUUUAAAUAAAAAAUGUAUGUAAAAGAAAAAUAAGCGAAGACUGUGCUAUGUUAUACUUGUUGUAAUUAAACAAUUAUAAAAGGAAAUCUCUAAGAAAUAUACGUUUUGUUAUCUUGGA